AGAAAAACAAGAGAAUAACAAAAGAUGAACACAAAAUUCGAUCUCAAAUCUUAAAACUAAAGCAAAUAUUUGAAGACGGAGACAACAAAAUCAUAAGAUAACAAAGAUCACUCAAUUAGAAAAUUGAAAUUGCUAAUUUGUUGAUAUUGAAAUCGUUUAGUACAACACUACGACCAUUCUCGCUCUCCAACUUAGAAACUUAAACACAAAUUACCCCAUGUGGCAAAGGUGGCCCUCCUUCCUAUUCCCUUAUUCAAAGCAAAGCAGAAAACAAAGCAAACAAAAUUGAAAUUAAAACUAAAAUUAAAUAGCAACCCAAUUCUGGUUACGCUUUCAUUACCUUGUUUACAUUGGGAGGUUUACAGCUACAAGAGAGAGAAAAAGAAAAAAAAUUCUACCAUUGAACAGAGAUAUAUAGAUAGAUUGAUUGAAUUUUUUCUGAUAAACUAAAAGAGGGUGUGAUUGAUUUUCUCCCUUUUUUUGGGUUUUUUUAGUUUUUAAUAAAAUUUUAUGCCCAAAUUUCAUCUGGGGUUUUCAUUUUUCACAUUUAUCAAUUCAAUUCUUUGAUCAUUCAUUUUACUGGACUUGGCACUAUUUUCUAGAAUGUAUUGCUCUUUUGUCAUUGCUCCCUGCUGCAUGGAGAAGAUGUGUAGCUCCAAUGGUUCUAUUUCCGGUCUUCUUAGCAAUGUGAUGCUUGCUGUAGAAGGAGGUGCAUUUGGAAUGUGGAUACGUUUGAUUGAUAGAUAACAAGAUGCUAUCAUAGUUAUUGAUAGUGUAAAUAUGCAUUAUAGAAAUCAAAGAACCAAUGAACGUAUAGUGCUAUAAUUUCGUCGUACUUUAGUAAUUAGUUGUUUGGGAUAAUCAGUUUUAGUUAGUCCAAAGUCAAGUGAGAAAGAUAGAAAGCAUUUAGUAUAGAGUCAGGGUAGACAAUACCAAAAGGGUUGAACUAGGUUUCAUCUUAAUAUUUGUUGAACAGUAUAGUCUGACAAUUUUUGGGAUGGGUUUGCCUCAAGUGACAGCUGGUAGUACUGCAGAGCAAGUUGCAACAUCCCUAAACACACUGGUGCAGUCUCCCCAAAGACUGUCUGGUCUCAGCGCCUAUGAUAUGAAUGGAAUACAUGGAACUAAUGUGAGCAACUUCAUACCUGGAAGUUUUCCAUGUGCUACUUUGGAAGAUUUCCAGGGGAGGCCUGCUGUUGAUUUUCCAAAAGAAGCAGAUUAUACUGCUGUACAUAAAGAUUCUACUUCUAAUACACGUGGUUUGAAGAUUGGCCACACAGAUCAAAAGAGCUGGUUCAGUAUUAAGAACAAACGCCCUACUCACAGUCCCGUUGUGAGGGUUGUUGGUUUUGAAUCACAGAUAUUAGGUACGUCUCAGGAUGCAUUUGAGAGUAAUAAAGCUGAUUCUGUUCAUCCGUUGACUGUGGUGACUGAUGUUAGUAAUGCAACUGUCACAAAUGGAGCUGCUGCGCGAAAGAGGUUGUUAUCUCCAUUGAAUUCAAUGCUGAGUUCAGACAAAUUUGAUGGUGAUUCCUUGUGCAUUGGUGAUAAUGCUUAUCGAAGAAACUCACAAGAUGGUGGUGGGAGUUCACAUGAGCAUAAGAAAGCUCAUAUAGUUAGCUCCAGUACUGCAGAUGCUUCCAUAUGGUAUCCAUCUAGCUCUUUAGUAGGAAGUACUUCGCCUAAUGAUAAUUUUGGGUCCAACUCCAGCAUUUUUACUGACGGCCCUUUGCUUGGGAACAAGCAGCUGCCAGUUCAUAAAUCUUAUUUGCUGCAUUCUGGAUUCUACUCUUUUGAAAAAGGAGAUAUCUUAGGGCCUCUGAAAGCACCAGUCUCAGUUUCUUCAGAAACAGGGGUUUCACCUCCAUUAUCAUUGUCCCCUCUCGGUCCAAAAUUUCAUCAGAGAAAGCUUUCGGUACAUAGGAUCAGUGAUUGUAGGAAAGAGUCCAAUGUCAAGUACAUAACCUUCAAGGAGGUUGAGAACUCACUUGAUUGGAGUAUGCCUCAUAUGUUUUCUCCCAAAACUGAGGACAUGACCAUGGAAGGGCCUGAUCUAUUAGAUAAUGCCGAUGAUCAGUGUACUCCUGUAAAAUCUGCUGCUAGUACCCAGUGCUGGACUCAUGAAUCAAUUUGUACUUCACCAAGUGUAAAACUAGCUAGGAAUUUAACUGGCUUGCCUGUUAGGAGGUCUUUGAUUGGCUCCUUUGAGGAGUCCCUCUUGUCUGGUCGUUUGGCAUCCACAUAUGUUAGCAAGACAAUUAAUGGCUUCCUUGCAGUACUCAGCAUAACAGGUGGAAGUUUUUCACCAAAGGCGAAAAAACUUCCAUUUGCAGUUACUAGUGUGGAUGGAGAUAAUUACUUGCUCUAUUAUUCAUCAAUAGACCUUGCUGGAAAUUUGCCAUCAAGCAAGCCCGGAAAGUUAAAAAUGAAAAGGAGUCUUAGUCUUAAUGAUUCACCAUCAGAACAAAGUCGAUUACGUAUACCUAUGAAGGGGCGAAUUCAACUGGUCGUUAGCAAUCCUGAAAAAACACCUGUUCAUACCUUCCUUUGCAACUAUGAUUUGAGUGAUAUGCCAUCUGGUACAAAGACAUUUCUCCGCCAAAAGACAUCUCUUGCCUCAUCUGAAAAGGCUAAGCCUUUCGUGGUGCCGAACAAUUCAAAUGAUCUGCCAAAUGCUAGUUUGUUAAACCAGAGAACGCAAGUGGUGGAAAUUGAUGAUCUUUGUCACCACGGUUAUCCUUCUGUCCAAUCCCAUCAUAAUCUUGAACCCUGUUCCUCUGAAUUCGACUUUUCAGGGGCUCCAGGAAGGGAAAAUAGGGUAUUGAACAAAGGUCAUUUGACUAGGAAAAAAUCACAUUGUGCUUUAAAGGUUAAUGAAAGUGCCAGUGGCAAUGGUGUUCUACGUUAUGCUCUUCAUCUGCGAUUCAUGUGUCCUCAUUCUAAGAAAACCUCUAGGUCUGUUCAAAGGUGCAAGUCUGAUAUAUCAUCUACUCCCGAAAGCAAAAACACAAAAAUGGAAACUGAACGAAGGUUUUAUUUGUAUAGUGACUUAAAGGUGGUCUUUCCUCAACGCCAAUCAGAUGCUGAUGAGGGCAAGUUGAAUGUUGAAUAUCACUUCCCUUCUGAUCCAAAGUACUUCAACAUCAGCAACUAAAGGCGCCUCAAAAACAUCUUUGUCUUGUACGUAACUCACUUUGUACAUUCUAACUCUAUAGCAGAGCCAUUAUUCUGCUACAUCUGUACAGUACUUUGUUUUCAAUAUUCAUUAUUCUGUGUAGUUAUACCUAUUCUCAGUUCCCCACCUCUAUCCAGAAAGAAAGGAGAGAGAGGAAAGGGGUUUGGGUUUUACCUGUUUAUGAAGCUCUUAAAAGAGUUGAAUUUUCACCAGAAGAUUUGGCUCCUAAUACUAUUUCAGCUCUGACAAUUUGUCAAACUAGA